CCCUUUUUCUUAGAGACCUCUUUCAAUUUUAAAACAUAGCUCGGAAUGACGCCGGCUCGAAUUUAGAGGUGGUAAGAUAUACACUUAGUUAGCUAACGCUGAUCGUGGGAAAAAGGGAGCCAGUCCCAUAAGCUACCAGCCACAAUAUGGAGUGUUGUGACACCAUAGAACGUGACACCAGCAUCAUCUGUAUUUAUCUGCAAACCGAUGAUCGGCCAGCCACUCUCUGUCCUGUUCUCCUCGAGGAUUCAUGGCAAUUGGCACGGGGGAGUUCUCAUGGCUCCAAUUUCCACCAAGGCACGCGGCAGAAGCACUGCCUGCCCACGAUAUUCCUGCGAACCCCCACUUGUCACAAGCGCCAGUGUGCCAUGGGGCCAGCAAAGGAGCAAUUCUUUCCGAGGAGAUGACAGUACUUUUUUUUUCUUUACUAUUAACACGGUGCCCAACAGCCUACGGCCCGAACCUUGACGGCCGCUUUCUCUUCCUUCUGCCCGCUUGGAAUCUGAGGUUGCUGUGGGUUCCAGAUAUAAGGGCUUGUCUUGGCCGGGAGCUCUCUGAAGGGAGGUUGGUGUCUGACAGCCAACGAAUCUCCACGUGUGUGUAGCUCUAUUUUUAAGGACCAGGAUCUCUUCAUCUGGUUUACCCGCUGUGUCGGAGUUUAUUUUUUGCUUCUUCCCCUUGCCAUGGUCAAGCGGCGUUAUGGGCUGGCUCGAGGAUGCAGGGUUUCACGUUUUUUUUCUGGCAAGACACGCGGGUCCGGGGGUGAAUUCAAGAGCUCUCCUAUUGGUUGCAGCAAGCUAAUCGACGAGGAGGAGCCAACAAAUUACUUCAUCGGGAUAUAAAAGAGGUUUCUUCCCUUCUGGCUUUUCUUUUAAUAUACGGGGAAGCAUGUACCAGCCAGAGAAAGCAAUGUUACACGCGGACGAUGCUUCCGGUGCCGAAGCCUGCACGUCACGCUGGAAAGGCAAGGGAGAAACAUGGCAGAAGGGAGAACUGCCAGCCUUCCCUUCUGCUCCCUGACUGGGCCAACGAAAAAGUCUCGGAGAGUUCACUAAUUAGCUGGCUGCAUACUUACUUACUAUACCUACUACUAUCAUUUGCCAGGGACGGAGAUGGCCGG